AUGCAACGGGAAUAUCUGGUUGGUUGGUAUAAGACACAAGAGGGAUUUGCAUAUAAGAAAAUGGACCAAGAUGAAAGUAACAAAAACGACGUGGUGGUGGUUCUAGGCAGCAGAGAUAUUUCAGAGGAGGAGCCGCGAGAGGUGGUUGAUACUCCAGAGAUACCAUUCGUGGGGAGGAAUCUAGGGCGGAAUUUAGAGAGGUUUUCGGCGUUUAUGAGGGAUAUUUCUGGAAUUAAUGGCCAGGAACCUAGCGGUAAUGAGCAGGCGGAUAAUGAGAAGGUGAGUAAUGAGCAGGCGGGUAAUGAGCAGGCGAGUAAUCGAUCAUUUUGUGAGCUUCCACUGCAAAGCAGUAGUGCAAGAAAUAAUUUUGUGGUUUUAGGCAAAGAAUUUGAUAAUGCCGUGGACGCAAAAGACCGGGUCAGCAGUCUUCUAUGGAUGUCAUAUAGAUGUGGAUUUGAACCCAUACCCAAGUCAGAGGAUGGACCCAAGCCAAUAUUUUUCUUUUCCUCGAUUGUUUUCAAUAAACAAACUUUAAACAAUUUGAAGAAUUUGAAAAGUUUACUAGAUAACGAGAAUUUUACUAGUGAUGCCGGUUGGGGAUGCAUGAUUCGAACAUCACAAAACCUUUUAGCAAAUACAAUGUUGAAACUAGCCAAAAGCAAGCAAGAAGAAAAGAAGGAGAAGCAGAAUAAAGCGGAAGACGACAAGAAGCAGAAUGAAGUGGACGACAAGAAGCAGAAUGAAGUGGACGACAAGAAGCAGAGGGAUAAAGAGAUAUUUUCACAAAUUAUAGCUUUGUUUCAAGAUAAUAUAAAGUCACCAUUUUCGCUACAUAAUUUUAUUAGAGUUGUUAGUGGAUCACCUUUACAGAUAAAGCCUGGUCAGUGGUUUGGGCCGAACGCAGCUUCAGCAUCCAUCAAAAAGCUUACUGCUGAACAAAAUGAAAAGAAUGACGCUGACUCCUUGGUGCCAGUUCCAUUUGUGUAUGUGAGUGAAAACUGCGAUCUAUACGAUGAUGAGAUUGAAGAGAUUUUUCAAAAGGAAAAGAAACCGCUUCUUUUGUUGUUUCCUAUACGGCUUGGUAUAGACCAAGUAAACAAGUAUUAUCAUGACAGUAUUUUGCAGCUACUAGCUUCGGAAUAUUCAGUGGGCAUUGCAGGUGGCAAACCUUCUUCGAGCUUUUAUUUUCUCGGCUAUGAGAAUGAUGACGAGUUGAUAUAUUUGGAUCCGCAUUCACCGCAGAUGGUCGAGGAGCCAAUCAACACCAAUAGCUAUCACGUUACAGAAUAUAGCAAAUUGAACAUUGAAAUGCUUGAUCCAUCAAUGAUGAUUGGAAUAUUAGUAAAAACUAUGGCUGAGUAUCAAUCAUUUAAACUUGAAUGUACACUGUCCAAAAACAAGAUUCUCCAUUUCCACCCAUUGGUAACCGUUGUACCUCAGGAGUCUUCUAUAACUCAGUCUUGGGAAGAAGUACAAGGAGGUGAGGAAGAAGAUUUUGUUAACCUCAAUGUCAAGAAAAACGAAGAGGAAUUUAUAGAUUUGGGUAAGUAA